AUGAAACUUAAUAGUACCGUACUAAAAAGAAUAUGGUCAUAUAGUAAAUUGGUUCAAACUCAUGUUACAAUGAAUGAAAUGUGCUAUUUUUCAAGCCAAAAAAAUCAAAAUAAUUUACUCGUGCUAACCAAUGGAUCUCAAUUUUUGAUUAGAGAAUUUAAAAUUAGAUUUUCCCAUAGAAUUAAAGAGUUGGACGCAUUACCCUAUGGUUUAAAUCAACAAAAAGAUAUUAUCAAAGUUCGAAAUUGGUAUAUUAAAAGCUUCCAAGAUUUAUGUGAUUUCGAAACCCAUAGCAUAGCUUAUAAAGAAUUAAAAAGGGUUACACAGCUUCUACCUAAGAGCCCAGAAAAAAUAACAUUAGAAGAAAAUAAUAAAUACUAUAAUCCGACAGAAGAACUUAUUGAAGAAGGAAGAAAAAAUUCUUUGAUCAAUUUUAACAGGAGUCUUUUGAACCUAUUUUAUAAACUUAGAGAAAGACACCAAACUACUGUAAUCAAUGUUGCCAAGGGACUAUUAAAAUGGAAAACCAAUGAUUUAAUAAUAAAUAGUAACAAUAUUUAUAAUGAUAAAAAUAUCUUUCUUAUCAAAAAACAUCUAGAUAAUUUUUAUUUUCACAGAAUUGGUAUCAAAAUUUUACUUGAUCAUCAUAUAUCUUUAUUAGAAACUGAAUUUAGCAAAGAAGCGAUAGUUAACAACAUGUACGAUUAUAAUGAUGAAAAAUAUGUGGGUAUAGUGUGCACUAAUACAGAUAUACCUAAAUUGGCUAAACAAGCUAUUGAAAAUGCUCAAUAUAUCGUUAAGCAUCACUAUGAUUUGCUAGAAACUCCUCCUGUUGAAUUAAUAUUGGUGAACAAUACAAAUAAGGUGCCUUUUGUUUAUAUUCCAGCACAUUUAAUUCACGUACUAUUUGAAAUAUUGAAAAACGCCCUAAGGGCCAUAGUUGAAUUUAAGCUAUCAAAAGAACCUAAUAAUAAAUAUAUAGAAUUUGAUAUUCCUAAUGAAACUGUUAAAGUCAUAAUAUCUUAUGGUAAAGAGGAUAUUGUUUUGAAGAUAUGUGAUAAAGGUGGCGGUAUACCAAGAUCCAUGUUAAAAUAUAUUACCACAUAUUUAUAUACAACAAUGCCUCAAAGUGUACAAGAAAAUUUAUUAUUGAAACCGCCAAAUAACGAAAUAAAUGAAGAAUCCCUUUCUGUUAAUACUCCAAUGGCUGGGCUUGGAUAUGGUUUGGCGCUAAGCACAUUGUAUGCCAAAUAUUUUGGCGGUAAUUUAAAAGUAAUGUCUGUAGAAGGAUAUGGAACGGAUGUAUAUUUGUAUUUAAAAAGGCACUAA